GCGAUAACCGUGUUCACACAGAGGGCGCACUUGCAGGAAAAGAUGUAGCGCGCUAGCCAGCUAGCUACCGCGGCAAAACUCCGAGUUUCAAAGGUUGAAAUCGAACGUUGUUCGUUUGCACAUUAUGUUUGCGUAUCUAAAUUCCGACACGAAAUUACACGAACAAAGAGUAGACGUCUGAAAAAUGCGGGACUUCUUUUUCUGUCGCUUAUCAAGAGGAAAUUAAAAUGGCCAGUACUACUGCUGAAAUGUUAGUUCACAAACAACUGAGAGAUGUUCUCCUGACCCAAAGACAUGUAUUGACUUCGUGGAAAGAACAAAUGCAGACAGAUCAAAAAGAGACGGUAACCAAACUUGAAUAUGACGUGGUGGUUGAACAAUUGAAGGAGGAGAGACGGCAACAUGAAGAGACAAAGUCCAGGCUAGCCAGUGAGAGUGACAAGCUACAGUUUGCCCUGGGGGAGAUUGAGGUGUUGACUGCACAGCUGGAACGAGAAAAAGCAAACUUUGAACACUCCUUUGGACAGCUAAAAGAAAAAUCUGUGAAAGAAAAUGUCAAAAACAGUCAGCUGAAGACAAGAUUUUCAGCCAUAGAAACCGAGAAGCAGAAACAAGACGACGUUCUAAGCCUGAAAGACUCCCGGAUAAGGGACUUGAAGCAGAGACUAGCCAAGCAGAGGGAUAACCAUAGACAACAAGUGUCGGAGUUGAAUGUACAAUUGCAGCAAGAGGCCUACAUUGCACGCACGCUGAAUGCCAAGGGAACUAACCGCAAAGGAUACAACAAACCAGGCAAAUGAGGUGCUGCUAAUUGGACAGAAUUCCUGAAUAUUUGGGAAAUAUUUCCACCUCGGUGUUUGGUAUUUUUCCCCCCGUUUCUUAACUGAGGGCUUAUUUACAUUGUGCACAGACUGCAUAGAAGUGGCUCACAAUACAGUGUGCAGCGCUGCUCAAUGCGGCUUCUUUGUCCUACCUUGCGCAUCCUCCCAUGUCUGAAUUGGUUGAUUAAAAAGACAGAAGAAAUUGUUGGGUUUUUUUAAACUGAAGAAUACACUGACAAGUGUACUGUUGAUAGAAAGAUGUAUAGUAGAACACUACUUCAGUGUGAUUAUAGUAUUGAAAAAACUAUUCAUAAAUACCUAAGACGGGUCAUUCAUUCCUAUUGGUCAAGAGCCUGUCACGUGUCCGGUCUUAAAUGGUUGAAAAAACACCGGCCGGCUGGCUUAAACACUUUUCCCAGUGUCACAUGAAAAUUUGACUCCUUUGGAAUUGGGUCCCCUUUACCCUUUUAUUGGUAGAAUGUUCACAAUCCUCAGUUAACCAGUGAGUCUGUAUUUCAUAGUCCUAAAAUUCCGCGCCACAUUGUGCAGUGCGCACAUCAAAUCUCUGUAUAAGGUGAUGUUUAUGUCUACUCGGGAGAGUAGCCAUAUUAUAGCUAGAAGGGUGUUUAAAAGAAAACAUGAAGUAAAAAUUGUUGAACAAAAUCUUUGGACAUUUAUAAUUUUGGACUUGUUUUGACUUUUUGGCUAGAGGAUAUUUUAUGAAUGGGAAUAAAUUAUGUGUUUGGCCGGUAUUAAACAAGUAUGGCUCAGGGGCCCCUGAGCUGGUUUUAAGGCC